GCCGGCCCGGCCAUGGGCGCCCGCGGCCGCCGGGCAGCUGAGGCGCGGCCGCCGGCGCCUUUGUGAGCGGCGCGGACAACAAAGGCCGAGCGGCGAGCGGCUGGACAGUGCUGGUCUGAGCUGGGCCCCGUCUGAUGGCUUCCUCCCGUCCUCCACAGGCUGCCGCAGGAGAUCUACUGCUUCCCGGAGGCCCAGGCCCCUCCCCCGAGGCGGAAGAGGACCCUGGCGAGGCCUUUGAGUUUGACGACAGCGAGGAUGACGAGGACACCAAUACCGGCCCCGCCGUCCCAGGCGCAGCGCAGGAGACAGAGGCAGACACACCCCUGACCCACUUGGACUCCGCCCCCGUCGCCGACCUAGAGCCCAAGCCAGAGCCCGCACGGCCUCAGACGCA